AUGACAGCUCACAGCUGUCAGUUGGCAACCCUUCAGCGUCCACCCCGCGUUACGGGAGCGAUCGGAAAGUCGUACAAUCAACGAAGCGAGCGUGCGGCGCUCUGGAGCCUCGGUACAAUAUGCCUGGGCGCGGAGGCGGCGCUGGCUAAUAACCCUUCCCCACCGCGGUAUGGUCUACGCGCGCAAGAUGAAUACCAAUUAGCCGCUUGUAGGCAUUUGUUAUUAGAUGGUAGCUUAUGGUCGGGUACCCGUACAUCUAACUUUGAUGUACUUUUCCACAAAGCUCCACGUGAGCUGUUAAAUUGUAUUAAUAUGGAAUGUUACUGUCACACCCAUGAGUGUAACCUCAUAACUGAUGAAACAUGA